GACGAGAGUAAAGGCUUGUAAACGCAUGGGAGAAUCGUUGAGUCAUUUCGCACUCUGGAUCCAUAACUAAAGGAUUAAUGAAACAGAGAGGACUCAUAACUCAUACAUUGGAACAUGAUGCCGCCCAAACCCGCCAGGACAAAGUACUUGAUGAAGUCCCCGAUCACCAGCUCCUAUGACGUCCCACAGUCGACUUAUGAGGACCUGGACGCACCAAUGCCUGCUGUCACAGAUGGAAGCCAGUCAGAGGUUAAAUUCAAGCCUGUACCUCGUCCCAGGUCUAAAAUACAACCAAAGUCCCAUCGUAACAACAACAACAACACUGCUGACUCUGCAGACACAACUGGCAAUACGACCAAUGCAGUGAGUUCCCAACUCAGUGGAUAUGCCGCAGACCAUAAGACGCCUCACUCUGUUCGUCCUCCUCCCAGACCGCCGCUGAGCAAAUAUAUGACCUCCGCAAAACCCACAGCAGCAGUUGACGGAGGCAAUCACUAUAUGACUUCAGUUUAUGAGCCACCUCCUCCAUCUCCUCCUACACCGCGGCCUGAACGACCCCCUCCUCCCUCCAUCUAUUACAACAGAUGUUCUACAAUGAAGCUAAAACCUGAGAGCGACACGGAUGAGAGUCAGGAAUCCACAUAUUCCCACAUCAGCUUAAUGCAACAACCUGCAGUCUCACCAGAUGUUGCUGAAGAAGAGUUGAACCUCGGCUGGACGUAUAAUACAACGGCCACAGACAAACCUGCAGUUCCACCUCGACUCGGGCAGUCCACCCUCCCCCACUUUGCCGUGAAGUGUAAAACUUUACCUCCACAGAACAGACCACCACCACCUUCUUUCACCCCGCCACCCCCACCUUCAACAGGGACGCCAUCGGAGCCGGUGUACAGUGACAUAGAGAACAGGCCUUACCUAGACGUUCUCCCAGAGGAUGUGGAUAAGAUGACCACAUUGAAACACUCUUCUCAGACACUUCACUACCAGAAUUGCAGCUCCACUUCUCGUCAACAGGACACAGAGGACAUCAAAGGGAUGCUGAGAUGGCUGAAAAGAGAGUCAAAACCUGAUAGCAUGGCUCCGUCACUGUAUGGCCUCAGUAUAGAGGAGGAAAUCAGAUCAUUCCAGCAGAGAGCGUUUAAUGUGAGAAAGGCCCUGCGUCUCUACAACCUCCUCAUGAUGAAACACGUCGACUGCCUGCGGAAAAUCAUUACAGAGUUCACCUCCAUCUCGGAGAACCUGGACAAGAUGAAGAAGAAGGGCAAAACCAUGGACAUUGCUGGAGGCACCACGGGUGCUGUUGGAGGAGUGACUGCAGUCUUGGGUAUCGCCUUUGCUCCUAUGACCAUGGGGGCCUCACUGAUCGCUACAGUUGUCGGUGCUGGUAUGAUGGCAUCUGCUGGGGGUAUGGGUGCCCACACUGCUAUGACCAACAAGAAGAAGGUUGUGAAUAGGAUGACCGUUGAGAAACUAGUAUACGAUUAUAAGGGAAAUGUUGUCGACGUCGAACAUUGUCUCAGUUUUAUCCUCUCUGGGAUGAAUGAGCUGCGAAGGCACGACAUUGCCAGGAUUCAGAGGGCAGGAGCCCAGACUGAUGCACUGAAGACGGCACAUCUGUCGCAGUCGGUGUUUAACAUGAACAAUGACAGGAGGGCGGCUGUUGCACACACAGGUGGGAUGUCAUCUGAGAGACUGCUUCUGGCUUUUGUGAAGGAAAUUGAUCUGUAUUUUACAGAAAAGGAUGGUCAGAAGCUGAAGAAGUCAAUUAAGAGCAAGCUUUCUGGUAGAGUUCGGCUGUUGGCUGAAAAUCUGCAUCAUGAACUGGACCAUAUGAUUAGUAUGUGGGAAAUGUUUGGUUGACUCAAAGGUGUGUGUGUGUGUGUGUGUGUGUGUGUGUGUGUGUGUGUGUGUGUGUGUGUGUGUGUGUGUGUGUGUGUGUGUGUGUGUUUUCAUUGGAGAUGAAAUGCCUUUUUGCUGCUAUAUUUGAAUAAACAUUUGAUUGAUGAAUAAUUAUGUUUUUUUCCCCAGUGUUUGUCUGCCAUUUAUCAUGUAAAGCACUUUGUAACUUUGUUUUGAAAAGUGCUUUAUAAAUUAAUUAUUAAGUAUUUAUUUGAUAUAUAAAAAAUCUAAUGUGUGAUUUACUAAAGCCAGUAUUUAAAGAAAGUUAAAGACCAAUCAUGAUUGUGAUGAAUAAAACCACAAUACCAGUAGUACCCAGGAUUACUUUU